ACGCCUUUGAUAACGUCCCUCGAAAAAGAGACUGAUUCACUGUAUAAUGGGAUCACAGGACCAAUUCGUUGCUGGGUCACUACUUUUCUUUUGACGUGUAGGACCCAACGGAUACUACAGGACGGAGCGCAGAGCAACAGGGGAUCCGGCUCUGAAAUUCCUGCUGAAUUCUUGGCUUCAAAUCGAAACUCCGGCGAAAUGGAGGUGAAACCCAGCGAAUGUCUGGUUUGCCUCGACAGAUACAACGAAAGGAAAAGGCCGAGAGUUCUGCCGUGUGGCCACCUGUUCUGUUCAUCUUGCAUCGAGAACGUUCAGGAGUCGUGGUUGGUCACGUGCCCUUGCUGCCGUACCACCCACCCCGCCUCGGGAGUGGAUGAUUUCCCCAUCGUGUUUGCGGUGGAGGAUCUUCUGAGAGAAACCGACGCUCGCAGCGCGGACGCCAUGUUGCCCAGAGGGCGAGGGUCGAAGAAGCUGGAGGAGCUGAGAGAGGGGCAAGCGAUUGCCGUUCAGGAGUCUGCCUCCAAGUGCGCGGACUUGCUCUCUCAGAUGGUGGAGUUCAAGGGUACGCUCUACAGGUGGACGUUCGAGCACGAGGCCCUCAUGAAGAGGCUCAAUGACGUCAUCGUUCAUCACAAAACGGUGCACCGAAUGCUAAAAAGGGAGACGGAUUUAGUGGACAAGCUUUACACCGAAGGUCGGACGAAGCAAAGGCAGCUGAUAGCGCUGGGAGAAACCCUCCACGGGGCAGAAACCCCGCAGGAGGCGGCCACAUCCAUUCACGCCGCCGACGACCUCCAGGACGAAGCGGAAAAUUGGCUCCGGAAAUGUCUCAAACAAUUUCCGGAAGCGAACACAGUCCGCAGAUCCAUCCAGAUCCGCGCGAUCACCGAGAAGGCCUUGGAUGUGGUAGACAACGAGGCAGACUAUGCAACACUCUGCGACGAGAUACUUGCCAAUGCAACGGCAGACGCCUCUGAGGAAGCGGCAGACGCCUCUGGAGACGCGGCAGACGCCUCUGGGGAAGCGACAAACGCCUCUGGGGAAGCGGCAGACGCCUCUGGGGAAGCGGCAGGUGGCGCUGACGAAGGACAAGAAUUCACCAACCUUCUCGACAAAUUUGCGAUGCAGAAAGUCGAGUCUCGUACGGAUUUGACGAUCCUGGAUCUUUUCGAGAGGUCCCCGCGGGUGAUGGAACUCCUGGAAGAUUGGAGGAUUUAUGCCAUUCAGAAGCACCAGGGGCGCCUCCGCUCAGCCAAGAUAACAGUGGCAAAAGGGCAAUUCCUUCUCCACCACCUCACAAACAAGCGCCAUACCUUGGACUCCAGCCCCCUCAUGCACAAGGAUGUGAUGUCCUGCCUGGACCCUGACACCAUCGUGGCCUUCUUAGUCCUGAAGUGGAGUCCCGGCUUUCCGUAUCGGGUCCACUUCCGCGUGAAUCUCAGGAUGGCCGCGGGGAAGCAGUUCGCCAUGCUCUGCACGGGCGAGAAAGGGCCGUGCUAUGCGAACAGCACUCUGAUGCGUACUGCUGCGGAAGGGGAAGAGGGAGACAGCGCGAGGAGAGGCGAUUGCGACAGCAGCAGAGGCUUUCCCAUCGCGCAUCGACUGUCCUUCUGGAGGAAGAACACGAUGACGGCCGUGCAAGAUUCUUGCGUCAUGCUCGUUGCCAUGGACGGGGUGCAACUGGGGAUCGCACAUAAAGGAUAUUUAUCGAACCAAAGGUUCAAAGCGUUUGGUGAAGUGGAGAGUGGAUUGGAAGCUCUAAUGUCAGUGAAUGAUUUGCCCGAUGGUACCACUGUCACGAUAGAAAACUGUGGUAUUGUGUUACCGAUGUAGGCAGGCAAAGAAUUCAGUGUCCCUUGUCUCCAUCGAAGUUAGAAACGAAUCUCGACGGAUUGUCUUCUCACGGGAGCGAGUUCCAUAGCCUGGAGUAGAGUCGCCAUCUACAAUUUCUGGCACAUCAGGCUGAGUGUAAGUCAAAACCAUAUAGCUUUUUAUGUAACAGUCAAUAUGGUGUCGGUAAGUUAUAUUCCGAUAGAACAAUGCAGUAUUUCCUUUAAUUACAUAUUAUUUAUGAAGGAUCUGAUAAAUGGAAAUAAUGAAGUACAAAUCGGGUAAAUAGGUCUCAUCGUAAAAUGCCGUUAGCAUGUAAAACCAUAACAUUAUUGCCAUGUGUUAUAGGAAGGUGAGAUCUUAGUUAAAGAAGUCCACGGGAGGUUCAGUGCAAUAAACAAGAUCUUACCGAUGUCUUUGUAAAUGUAUAUCAGUGUAAUAGAUCCUAGUAAAUGUGUAGUUAUGUUUUUUUUUUGCAAAUACGCGUUGUUUGGUGUCAAAGAUAAAGCUAAUGUUCUUAAUUGCAAUGAACUGUUUUGUGUGUGUGUGUGUGUGUGUGUGUGUGUGUGUGUGUGUGUUUGUGUGUUUGUGUGUGUGUGUGUGUGUGUGUGUGUGUGUGUGUGUGUGUGUGUGUGUGUGUGUGUGUGUGUGUGUGUGUGUGUGUGUGUCUUGUCUGUCUGUCUGUCUGUCUGUCUGUCUGUCUGUCUGUCUGUCUGUCUGUGUCUCUUCAGAUGAUUGUGUAUUUCUUUCUCAUUCUGAUAAUGCAUAGCAGAAGGAAAUAUCAGCGAGUUGAUACUGUCAUCACAAUGUACCCAUUGUGAUGUAAAGCUGAAACUGUGCCGAGGGCACAGUUUCAGCUUUACUAGCAUACUGAUGAGAAGCUUCAGGUAUGGUAGUUUAAGAAUUUGUCUCUGCUAAUGUUGUGGAGUACAUUUUUUUUUUCUUUACUCUUGGCGUGUGUUUUCCUAUUAUGUACUCCUCCUUUAUUUUGUAAUGAUAUGUUCCAGGAAUAAAAUAAGAAAUUA